GCAUUCGAAUUAAACAUUUUCGAAAAUAUAUUUCGAACAUUUCCUACGAGUCUUCAAAAAAUAAAUUUGAAAAAUAGAAAAAAUUAAAUUAAAUUGAAAUAUGGUUGAUUACCAGCGUCAAUUGCUUGAUGAAUUAAUGGGAAGAAAUCGAAAUUUAGAUCCUGGAGCUAAAAUUAAAGAAAAAACAUGGAAAGACGGCGAUAAUUGUAAAUUUUAUAUGCAUUCGUUUUGUCCUCACGAUUUGUUUGUCAACACAAGAGCUGAUUUAGGACCUUGCGCAAAGAUUCAUGACGACGAAACAAAGAAACAGUAUCAAGAAGCUCAACGAUGUUCUCGGAAAAUUGACAUCGAAAACGAAUUCAUUCGUUUCAUAUCAAACAUGAUUAAUGAGGUAGACCGAAAGAUUGUUAAAGGUAAACAACGUUUGGACUUGAUGAAUUCAAAACUAGAUCAGCGUCCGAUUUCAAAACAAGCUGAAGCUGUACUUAAUAUUAGUGACAAAAUCUCAAAACUUGUCAGAGAGGCAGAAGAAGCUGGAAUUCGUGGUGAUGUUGAUCAAGCACAAAAUCUGAUGGGGCUUUGUGAGAAGCUCAAAGAGGAUAAGGAAACUCUCAUCAAACAAUAUGAAAGCUGUGGAUUCAAUUUCUCAGAAACUCAGGAGAAACAAAUGGAGGUUUGUGAAACUUGCGGUGCGUUUCUGAUUGUUGGCGAUGCUCAAAGUCGAAUAGACGAUCAUUUAAUGGGUAAACAGCACAUUGGUUACACGCGUUUACGUAAAGCUUUAGAAGAAUAUAAGAAGAAGCAAGAAAAGGAAUUUGAAGAAAGGCGAUCAGGAAGAAGUAGUAGUUCUGGUCGACGUUCAGAGCGAAGUCGUGAUGAUCGUUCACGUCAUAGCUCAAGUCACAAAGACGAUCAUCGACACAAAAGAGAUGACAGAAGAGAAAAAGAUCGGCAUCGAAGGGAUCGACGUUCCAGAUCCAGAGAUCGACAUCGAAGACGCAGUCGCUCUUAAAUUCAUCACAAAUCAUUUUCUUACGCCACCAAACUUCAAGUCAGUACUCUUGAAAUGCAAUAGAGGUACCCCAAAAAAUAUCUAAAAAAAUAUCCUUAAACUCUUAAAAACUCCCUAAAAUUAAUUAUUUGCAAAAGUAAUGAUAAUUAAUUUAAGAAAUCUUUAGUCAUCAAGUUAUAGGUAAGUGAAGUUUUUAUUUAAAACACCGACAAGUGCAUUUAUUUAAAUUUUAGUUUAAGUAGACUUUCCUUGUUUUCCUUUUACUUUAUUUUACCUUCGUCAACAAAUUUUUCACGUUAUUCGGUGUCUCAGUUAAUUAAUUUUUCUUUAUCUAAUCAUGUUCAUCGUGUUGUCCAAAAGAAAGAAAGAAAUUUAAAAAAAUAUCUUUAAAGUUCUUGUAAAGAGAAACGGUUUGUUUGUUGUACUUACCAAUAUAUAAUCAAUCACAAAUCAGGAGCUUCAUAACUCAGGUUAGUGUGACAAUAACUUUUUUUUUUGCUGCAACUACGAGAAAGGAAUGAAAGUUAAAGAAAAAGAAAAAUGAUAAAAUAAUCCUCGAGAUCAUAAAAGGUAUCAGAAUAAUUUCUUGUUUUCAAUAAUCAAAAACAAAAAUAUUUAUUUUUCAAAUGAAUUUGUUCUCCUGUGUUGAUGAUUAAGUAUCUAUUCGGAAAAAAAGUUCAGCGAUAGAUUAGAGGACAAAAAAAUUCCGCUUCCCUUUACUUUCUUCAAUCACACUAAUCAUGAAUUGUUACUUUUGAGGUAUUUAUGAAAGCGAACAACAAAAAAAAUGUUUUUCUGUUUAAUGUCUUCAAGCUUUUAUCAGUUUCACUUACAAUCACAAAUUUUUUUUUCUUCCUUAAUGCAAAAUAGUUUAACACCAUUUCACAUUAUGGAAUGGUUUUGCUCAAUCGUUGGUUUUUCUUUUUCAUUUAUUUUGACAGCAAUUCUGUUUUGACACUUUUUACAGCGACACGAUAAAAGAAUUAUCGUGUAAGAAUUGAAAUUUGUGGAAAAUGUCGCGAGACUCAUCAGGAUGGACAAUUUGGAUAAUCACAUAUGGAUUCAUUAACAUCAAGGUGCGCCUUAGUUAAAUUAUAUUCAAAAUAUUAUCUUGUGAGAGAAAAUUACAUUUGAAUUUUCCAAAAAUUUCACAGUUUUUUUUGGCAAUCAGUUUAUUGAAGUUUUUUAGUUGUUGGCUUAAGAAAUCACAUUUAAUUUUCUCUUUUUUCAUUAAGAUACAAAUAUGAAUGAGGAUUUGUUUCAUUUACUAUAUUUCUUGUGUUUUUUUGUCGAAUCAAGGAAAUAAAAAAUAAAAUGAUGAUAAAAGAAUUUAAUAAAAUGUUUUUUAAUUCUAAAUUUUUAAUACAAUAAAGUUU